CGGUACCUGAAGGCAGCGUCGGGUUUGGGGCAACACCUUUAAACGGCUGCAAGAUGCUAAAGGAAACCGCGCUGUUUUGGUGUUUAUGUGAGGAACAACGCGCCUAUACAAACUCCAUAUAACACAUCCGACCCAGAAUGUGUGAAGAAGCUAAGAUGCGGAUAUGUCACCUCCUGGACCUGCCCUGGGAAGAUGUCCUGGUACCGCACAUCCUGUGCUACCUGCCGCUGCAGCAGCUGGUCAGUCUGCAGCGGGUGAGCCGGCAGUUCCACAGCCUGGUGCAGGUCUGCCUGGCCAACUGCAGGACAUUCGACCUGUCCCCCCUCGGACUCUGCAUUCCCAAGGAGGCAUUUUGCUCCAUGUUAAAGGACAGCAAAGUUCUCCAGAGCCUGUCACUCCAGAACUGCUCCGACUGGGUGACGGACAAGGAGCUGCUGCCAGUCGUCGGCCAGAACCAGCAUCUGCAGAGGGUGGACAUGAGCGGGUGCGUUUGCCUCACCCGCCAAUCCCUGGUGGCCGUGUCCUUGAGCUGCAUGCACCUCCAGCACCUGGGCCUGGCGCACUGCGAGUGGGUGGACAGCCUGUCCCUGCGCAGCCUGGCCGACCACUGCGGGGGGCUGCAGUCGAUCGACCUCACCGCCUGUCGCCAGCUCAAGGAUGACGCCAUCUGCUACCUGGCCAAGAAGUGUUUGAAGUUGACGUCUCUAUCUGUGGCAGUCAAUGCCAAUGUCACUGAUGACUCGGUGGAGGAGGUGGCCAAGAACUGUAGGGGCCUGGAGCAUCUGGACCUGACGGGUUGCCUGAGGGUCAGGAACCAGUCCAUCAGAACUGUUGCCGAGUACUGCCCAAAGCUUCAGUCCCUGAAGGUGAAUCACUGCCACAAUGUGACAGAGUCGAGCCUGGAUCCUCUGCGGAAGCGAAAUGUUGUGAUAGAUGUUGAGCCGCCCUUACAGAGGGCGCUGGUGCUUCUUCAGGAUGUGCUGGGGUUCGCGCCUUUUAUCAAUCUCCAGAUAUAACCAAAGGGUCAUCUAUCUGUCCAUCACAGGUGUCUUCACGGCAGCAGUCACUCUCACAUGAGUCGCUGCAAAUAUGUCAAGACAAUCCAAGAAGACCUGAAUGAAGAAGUUUGUGUGGCUAAAUCAUAUGGACAAAAAACAAAAACGCACUGGAAUGUGAUCAGAGAUGCAACUGAAAAUAAUACCACAUUUGUAAAUGACUGAAGAAAGCCAUGUACCUUUUUAAGAAUUGCUGCCUCACGUUCAAAAGAUGUCACUGCACUUUUUUUCUCUCCCCUCAACCAUGCGGUGUUGUGAUGAUGUGGGUUUUUAUAAAAAACCAAUUCUAACCAAAGUCCAGUGUGUUGUUUGUUGGUACUUUGUGUACACGACAUUGUGAAAAGCAGUAUCCUUGUUUCAUGUGGAAACAUUUAAAUGUGUUUGAGUUGAAUUAAACAUUUAAUUUUGCAUGUACAGUGUCAACUUAAAGGAAAAGUUCCCCCAAGUACCCAACAUGCAUUUUCCUACUUACCACCAGUUCUGUCUAGCCAUUGUUUUUUUAUUUGGCCAGGGUUUUUCAUUCCCAUCUCCAUGUCUGAGACUUCAGCCUGCCAUCACAACACAAUGAAGUCUGAAAGAAGCUUUGUUUGUGGUGCUGAUCGUGUGUCUUCCAGAAACAAUGUCCUGGCUCCUCGGGAUAAUCAACGAACCUCAUCGUCAACAGUUUGUGGCGGUUUCCUGGUGAAAACUGUUGCUUACAACAGUUGUUACACUAAAACAACAUUAAUGGUUAUAGAGGCUGCUGGAAUAACUGGGAAUGUAUAUUUUUCUUAUAGGUGAUGCAACCCCGCCAUCAUCAUAGGUAAUAAAUGCAUAGUUGUAAAGCCAUGUUUGAAAUAAGUAUAGGAGUUUAUGAUGACUGUUUUCCUUUAAGCAUUUGAAAUGAAUUUUGUACAAAGCACCUGUGUUGAAAUGCUGUUUUUCCCUGUGGAAAAAAAGUAAUGAUUUUAUAUUUUAAAAAAUAUAUAAAAAUGUAAAACACAACA